UAUUUGAAGUCAUACUAUUCAGUGCUUGUGAUGAUGGUUUAAGUAUUUGCUUUUAAUAAUAGCAAAUUCAUAGAUAGCUGGCCCAGUCUCACUGCUCCAAUUCCCUCCCUCCUUGUUUGGUAGGUAGUAUUAUUCCCAUUUUGCCAGUGCAGAAACUAAGACACAGAGGUCAAGUAACUCAUCCAAAGUCACACAGGUGAUGUGCAGUGAACCUGCUUGACUGCAGGUAGAAGUAUAAAUGAAGGGGGGCCUGCGAGUCUCAGUUGGUUAAGUGAUCUCGGCUCAGGUCUCUUGCAUGGGGGCUGGUGUGGGUUCCAGCCUGGGUCCGACUCUGUGCUGACAGCUUGGAGCCUGGAGCCUGCUUCAGAUUCUGUGUCUCCCUCUCCCUCUGCCCCUCCCCUGAUCAUGCUCAUGCACGCAUGCGCUCUCCCUCUCAAAAACAAAUAAACAUUAAAAAACAAAAAUGAAGUGUAAAUGAAUAUGAAACCUUGCUGGCGGGCAGUUUGGAAACACAUACCAACCCUUUAAGAAUGUUCAUUCCUUUUUACCUAGUAAUUCUACUUCCAGGAAUCCAUCCUAAGGAAACAACCAAGAUGAAUCAUUUUGUUUUCCAACGCACACGUGAAAUGAUAGCAUGUCCAUUAUGCUGUGUUGCGGUUGCGUCAUAAUGUACGUUUAGUACGUGGCAUGACAGUGGGGGCCAGUUCAUGAUAAAACACUAAACGAAAAGAAGUCCAAAAAAAUAUCUGUAUGAUAUGUACAUACGUAUCGUAACAGACUGUGGUUUCUGUGGGUGGUUGGAUUCUGAUUUUCUCGUCAUCUUUUUCUCUGUUUUUGCAAUCAGCACUUAUUAAUUUUAUAAUCAGAAACAAAACCUCUGUGUCUUCUGGUUUGUGUGUGGUUGAUGCUGUUUCCAAGGCGCGAAGGGCGGCGGGAAUCCCGCGGCAGGAUCUCCUGAAGACGGCCUGCCCGGCCGAGGUAGCCAGGGACGCUAACGUGUCUUCGCCGCCCGGGAGCCGGCGGUUACUAAGCCGCGAGGUGGCGCGGCUCCUCGGAGGAGCGGUGCUGCCCAGAGCGCAAGUUCGAACACCCUCGGGAGGGUGGCGCGGGCGGGGGCAGUCCCCGCAAACAAGUGUCGCCAUGCCGCCAGCGGAGAAAUUCUCCCACAAGGUCUCCUGGGGUGGUUCGUCGCCCAAGCAGCCCAGGGCUUCCGGCCCAGACCGGGACUCCGCUUUCUCACUCACCUCCUCGCUUCCAACCCUCCACUUGCGCUACAACUCUAACCCGGAUGAGUGGGACAAGAGGGCCAUAGGGAGCUACUACGAGUUGUACGCGGCGGCGCUGGGCAACCUGGAAUGGUUGCGGUUCUGUCUGAGUCGGCACCGUGAGGAAAUCCCGGCAGAUGACAAGGGUUUCACUGCCAUCCACUUCGCAGCCCAGAGUGGCAAGCUUGCAUGCCUGAAGGUCUUGGUAGAGGAGUACAAGUUUCCCGUGGACCUGCCCACCAACAAUGGCCAGACACCCCUGCACCUGGCCAUCCACAAGGACAACAAGACCAUGAUCCUCCCCUGCAUUCACUACCUGCUUAAGCAAGGGGCGGCCCUCAACACUCAGACAUGCAAUGGCUCCACACCCCUCCACCUGGCGGCCUGCCAGGGCCUGCUGAAAUGUGUGAAGGUCCUGGUGCAAAAUGGGGCCGAUGUCCAUGCUCGAGAUGCCAUGGGCUGCAAACCCAUCGACUACUGCAAAAUAUGGAAUCACCGCGACUGUGCCAGGUUCUUGAAGGAUGCCAUGUGGAAACGGGACAAGAAGGACUUUGCUUGUGAGAUGGGGAAAUUGAAGAUGCUCAAGGACCAGCUGGCCCUCAUGGAACAGGACUACCUGACUGAGUAUCAAAAAGAGCACCAAAUUCUGAGAGAAGCUAAUUUCAAGAAGUGGCUCCACUGCAAGCAGCUGCUCCGAGGCCAAUCCCUGAUCCGGACCGCCAAGCGAGAGCCUUGUACCCCACGCCAGGCUAUGGCCCUCUCCAAGGCCACCAAGUACCAGGGACUGAGGCCUCCCAAGAGCUUCUACCCCUCCCCAGAGGCGCGCCUGCGAGAGACACCGCGGCCCAAGCUGCAGCCCUUGAGGACACACACGCCCAUCUACAUGCAGCCCAUGGUCAGGCAGCCCAAGUCAUGGAAUGUUAGCAACAAUCCUGCCAGAUCACCCACCACCCAGAUCGGCUACACGCAGGGCAUCCGCCUGGGUGUGCAUCCAGACCCCAGCUCAGAGCAUGACUUCCGCAGCUUCCUCAAGUGCGCCUGACUGAGCUGGGCACAUGCGACCACCUCAACUGCCUCCCCAACUCUGCCCCCUCUCACCGCACGAAAGGAUGAAGUUAGGCGAGGUCAGCAUGAUGAAGGGGAAGGUCUGGAGGAGGCCAAAGUAGACGAGGUUGGUGAAGAGGCCCACGCCAAUCAUGAAGGUGGGGAAGCGUUCAAAAACGUAGAGGCCAAUCAGCACAGCCGUGGAAAACUGAAACAACCAGAGGUACACAGUGCAGGGAGCCUCUUCCAGGCAGCCUUCUUGGUCUCACUAACCCCCAGCCCACUCCGGGGAACACUAGGUUCAUAUGCUUCAGUCUCCUCCUGUUUCACAGUCACAGGUCUGGCCUCCCCAACUUGUCUCUCUGCUCCCAAAGGGCAGCGUCUUUUCACGCCAUUCUCAAAAAGUUGACAGCAACCCACCAUAAGGGAAAAGAAAACAGUUUAGAGAUCAAAGUUCAAAUUUCAAUUCUAGUCUUUUCUGUUUUCCUUAAAAUGCUGAUCAUGACCUACUGAAUUGAUUACACAACCCAAUAAUGAAUGACACCUGCAGUUUGAAAAAACACUGUUCUGAAAGACUUAUAGCUGUCAGCACUUAACAAAUGGCAGUUGGUGGAAUGAAGCUAUAAUUCCUAUAGCAACACCCACAAACCAGGCCCCUGAACCCAGAGCUGAGAGCUAUGGUCUUGUCUCCACUACUAACCCUCCACCCCAAGCCGUGCCCAGAGUGGCUGUUGACACCAGGUGACUUGAGCAGCACUGGGCUUCUCCCGUCCAAAUAUAUGCCCCAUCCCCGGCCCUUCCUGCAGCCGGCAGGAAUCUGACCGCGCCAGCAGGCACUCUGGUAGCUUUGACAUCAAUGGCAAGGAUUGUGUCCUCAGGAACAGAAGCCUUCCAUGAAAGCUCCGGAGGGCAGGGCUUGGGCAGGCUUCCCUCUCUUAGGACAAGCCACUUGACCCAGUCAGAAAGAGGGCAAUGAGUACUCUAACUCAAGUACUCAAAACUGUCCUUAGGUCCUUCUUAGUUCUAAAUGCCAUGAGCAGAGCAAGGGGCUACAGACAAUGGGAAACAACCAAGCAAAGGCCAGGCCGUGGUGCUGUCAACAGAGAUGGCACUCAGCUGUCACCUGAAGGAACUGAGUGAAGCAAUGCCACUUGGGGAAGGAGGUGAGGGAACACCUGUUCCAGACAGCACACUCAGGAGCCCAGGUGCAAGUCGAGGGGAUAGGGGUGGCACCCUCAGGAAACAGCAGGGACACAGGUCUCAUCAUCCAUGCCAAACUUUCCCCACUUCCUCCUUUGGAGGCAAAAGAGGGGAAAUCCUGGGAAAUCUGCCACUUACCCAGAUCAUGUAUUUUAUGAUCCUGCUGGUGGCCACUGUGUAUUCUUCUAUCAGUUCUGCCAAGUAAUAGAGUCCGGCAGCUGAGGGGGUUAAGAAGAGGAACAAGUGGGGAGAACAUUAGCCAGAGUCACUUCACCAUCCUGGUCGUUCCUCUCUCUGCAGCUGGUCCCCACUGACCCUUCUCGAACUCCAGCACGUAAGGAAAAACCAAACAUCCCAUGUGGUGUCCUCCCCUGACAAAGCAAAACUGUCAGGGCAACUAAGGAGACUUCAUAAAACUGAAUGGAAGCCUGUAUUUGACGCCUCAGCACAAUGCUAACCUCUGGUUCGUAAAGGACAAGUUCAUUCAUUCAUUCAAUAGUAUCUGUGGGCACCCGGCACGGGCCAGGUGCCGGGCUGAGUAAUGAGAGUACAGAAUAAGACAGACAAGGUCCCUUCCUUGACCCAGCGUGGGUAGGUGGGUAGUAGGCAAAGGAAUCAGAUGAUCCCAGUGUGAUAAGCCCUACUUCCGAGAAAGCAGAGGGCACCACCAAACCCCAUAAGGAGAGCUUCCUUGAGGAGAUGACAUCUCAGCUGGGACCAAGAGUAGGAACCAGCCGGAUGGAAAGAGAAAGCGUGUCAAACUCCGAGAGAGUAGGCAGUACAAAGGGCCGGAGGCGAAAGAGCGGCGAUAAGCCUGGAAAAGUUCAGCUCCGUAGGCCCGCGAGGGUGGGACCCGCAGCGGCUGGCAGUGCGCGAGCUCGGGCAAGGGGCAAUGGAGUUAGCCACUCCCAGGCAUUGCCGGGGUGCAUUUUGUGACACCGGGAAGGACCCGCGGUCCCGAGGGCUGCUGGGUUCAGCAAGAGAGGGCAAGACCUGACGGGACGAGGAAGGAGAGAGAUGCGAGGGCCCGGAGCACCGGACAGAAGUCCCCCGGGUGGCUCCGGCGACCCGUGAAGCGACCACCCUCGAGAUGCGAUCCCCGGCCAGCACAGAUGCCGGACGGGAGCCCGCGCGGAUCCGGGUCGCGCACUCUCACCAACGGCCAGCGUGAUGAAGGCCACCUGGAUGAAGAGCGACAGCCAGCUCAGCACGUACAUGAACCACAUGGCGCCCCCGCCCCACCCGCCCCCCGACCGCCAGGACGGGCCUGCGCGCUUCGGCUCCGGCGACACGGAGCCGCCGCCACCGUCGCCGCGUCCCCGCCCCGCGGACAGCGGGACGACCGUACGCCGCCGCCGAGAGAAGCCCGGUCGGGGCGUAGCCCCCUGCCGAAUCCGGCCUAGCGCCGCCUGCCGGCGCGGAGGACCAACAGCCGCGGCUGCGUACAGCACAGCUCUCGGGGAGCUGCAUCCCCGGGGCUGCACCGAGGGGACGGCCGGCAACGCACCGCCGGCGACGCAGCUCGCGGAGGCAGGACUGUCCCGGGGGGCGGGGAAGCGGCGCCUGCCGGAGGGACAGCCUUCGGUGGGCUCCCUGGGCUUUCCCGCUUCCAGCGUGGAGGGGUCCAGGGCGCGAGAGGGCCGCCUGACCACUCCCCAAACAAGCACCGACCAGAAACCUCUAGGCAGGUUUGCCUACAGCACUUUAUCUCGCUACCGCAGGUAACCGGGACACAAUUGUUGCAUGCCUAACGCGUGCCAGGCACUGUGAUUAAAGGCUACCCUGCAUUUUCGUAAUGGAA